GCUGCGCUUCAAUAAAAUCAUGUCGAAAAAAGAAAAAGAAAAAUUGUAUGACCAACAAAUAAAUCGCGAAGUUUUGAUUGCUGCAAUCAAAGACAGGCCAGUUUUAUGGAAUAAAUUUUUGGAAAUUUAUAAGGACAAAACCGCUAAAACAGCAGCAUGGCGGGAAAUAUGCAUAAUUUUGAAAGAAGAUUUUGAAGAAAUGGAUCAAAAGGACCGACAGUUGUUUGGAAGUUCAGUGAUGAAAAGGUGGACACAAUUGAGAGACACUUGGAGGAAAUCAUUAGAUGAAAACAAAGAAACAAAAAAAUCUGGGUCUGGUACAAAAUCUAAGCCCUACAAAUAUAAUCAAGAGAUGAGCUUUUUGAAGCCAAUUAUUAAGCCAGGUGAAACAUAUGACAAUAAUCCAAAUACAAGAGAUGAAGCCCAAAGAGAAAAUGCAGAUCAACAAGAAAAUCAGAAAGAGAAACACAGAAUCAUCAUCAAAAAAGAAAAGAAUGGAUAG